CGAUAAACAUGCGAUUCUCUUACUUGCUUACUCUCCUGUUGUUUGCGAUUCUCUGUCUUGCUGCUGUACAUAUCCUUUUCGUGCGUGUGAACGUGUGUUCCUUCAUUUUGAACCUGUGUAUGCUCAAGAGGAUGUUGACGCUGUCGAUACCCCUGCCGAAGGAGGCUGACGACGACAUUAACUACGAAGCAGACGAGGAGGAACCUCUGGCGAUCAAGCCUUUGAGACUGUUCACGCAUCCCCUUACUGACAUUCCUGAGCCUUCCUCUGAUAUCGAAGUGAGCUACAAGGUGCUGACUGAAGACUAUGCCCUCACCGAGCCUAUUCGUGUGAUUGUGAAUCUGAAGAACAACGGAGUGACUGUGUACAACGUUACGGAUUGCAUGGGCUCUCUGAACGAUGUGGAUGAUUUCUCUCACUACCGCCAGAACUUCACGGAGCGCAAUUUCAACAGCACUUUGUACCCUGGCUAUGAGAUGAACUUUUUGUAUGUGUUCGGCAUCUACGACUUCAUCGAUCCUGCUGAAUACCAGCUCGCUCUGACCAUUUUCUACGAGACGGACAGUGAUUACUACGCCUCCACCUUCCUCAACGAGACCAUCGAGGUGGUCGAUCACAGCCGUGUGAUGGACUUCCAGAUGAUGACGAUUAUCGCGUUCUUCUUGGCGCUGGGGUUCUUCGGCUACAAGUACAUGACAUCGUCGAAUGGAAGAAGAGCGAGCGUUUCGGUCAGCGAGGGUAAGAAGAAGAAGCAGCAGUAAAGGAGGAGACGAAGAGAUAUGUGGGUUUCUCGGUUGGUAU